GAAGACACAAGAGACAGAAACUAACACAACCUAACUGCUUCAGCUGCUUAAACUUACAUGAGUGUAUAAGCUUCUAGGAUAAUGAUGUACCCUGGAAAAAAAAUAUGUAUUACAUAUAUUUCUGUUGGCUGCUUUCAAUAGAUCCUGGCUUUAACAAGUGACAAGUCAAUGAUUAAACCCUCUCACAGAGAACUGGAUGAAGGAUUUUUUGAAAAACAAUGCCAAUAGGACGUUUACCACAUUGUCAAUGUCCCAUCUACUUGAAUGGAAGUCAGAAUGGGGCUGAUCUGAAUCCUUCCACACCCAGGUUUGUCAGUGACUGUCCUCAUGAGAGAUUUGCAAAGAAAACCCGACAUCCCCACUAUGGAGAAGCUUGCCAUCCUUUCUCCCAAUCUUCUAGACUUGUGAGUGACAUGAAGAAGCAAGAACUCUAUCAUGUAGGGAAUGACAACACUGGAUUGCCUGAAGAGAAUAACAGUUAUGUUGAUUCUUUUCCAAGCUGUCAGCCUGGAUCCGAGGAUGGUGUAUUGUCUGAUGAUACUUCUAGCCAGACCAAUCCUCUGAGAUAUCAAGCUGUCCAAGAAUUACUCAAACAGUUUUCUGGGAACAAACAAGAUCAUCUCCAUGAAGUGUCUUCAGGAUUCUUUAAGGAACAGAUAGUUAUUAAAUUCAGAAGAGCUCUUUAUUUUACUGGGCUUCGGGUAUUAUAUGUCAGAGGCGGUGGAUUCUAUAGGCAUAUUUCAGCAGAUUACUUCCUUAGAAACCCAAAUUGUCUACAGCGAUUAAUCCCAUGGCUGAAACGUGAAUUGAUAGCUAUUUAUGGUGACUAUGGAUACACAGGGAAAAAUAUCCUCACUAUCAUCCUUCAAAACAUGACAGAUUAUGAUCUAGACAGCCAGAGCUUUUCUGAAAUCUUGGAACCCUAUCUCUUAAAAUACACCAAACACUUCUUACAUGAGUUCAUCAGUUUUGCCCGGUCACCUUUUAGCAUGAAAACAUAUGAUCAGCGAGCCAUUUAUGAAUGUCCUUCUUCAAACGGGAGAGGGAACCUGUUCACUAUCUCACCUAUUAAUGACAAAUGGGCUUUACCAGCUUUGGAAAAUUAUACAGAGAUGGCUAAAACCAUUCAUGAUCCUUGGAAUAAAGAGGUAUUGCCUCGUUCAAGCUCAAAGCAUAAUAUGACAUAUGAGUCAUCUUCUGUGUCGCAGAAAGGAAAUCCAGAAGAGUCUAGUAAGACCAAAAGUAAAAAUCACCUUACGAGACAAACCAUGUCAGAAUCAGGAGACAGCAAAGGUGUGAUUUCAUCCCAGAGUUGCAGCCACAUUGCUCAUCUUAAAUCAAUGGGAGAUUACAUAGAAUUGCUAGAACCAGCAUCUGACAGCAGUAGAUACACUUCUGAAGCAAAACCAGAAGGGAGGAAGCUGCAGCUUGAAGAGGAUAAGUGUUUAGGAGAUAAUAGAGCUAAUUACUCUGCCUCAGAUAUUUCAACCACCUCAAAUUCUUCUAGCCCAAGAGAAAAAAAAUUGUUGACCCUUUGUCAGCCAGUGAAGACCCGGGAAGAAGAAUUAGAAAAGAACAAAAAUCCAGAUUCCUUUGGUAAGUUCUUUCCAAGAAGUCCUCCCAUGAUGAUGAAGGAAAUACAACAGACUUUGUUUGGAAAUUCAUCCCAAACAAAAGACCAGACUUGGAGAUGCUAUUCAGAGAACGUAUAUUCUCAUAGAAGACACAUUCAGAAAGGCCAGAGAGAACGUGCCUUCAGGAAGGAGAGGUUGAAAUGUCAACCAUCCUGUCAAGAUGGAGAACUAAAUUCACAUCCCUACAGAAGGCUGAAAAGUUUACAUAUCAGGGACUAUAAUAAUUGUCUUAAACAAGAGCUACCUCAGAGCACUGAGGACAAACCACAUUUGUCCCAUCGCCCUAGAAAGAGAAGGUCAAGAAGCAGAGAUCACAGUGACAGGAGCUUGAGAGGAAGCUAUUUAAGUGAACCUUUAUUGACGAUAACCUGUGAAGCUCAGGAAGGUAAUAAAGGAGAUGAUAAUUACCAACCUUGUAGGAGGGUUGUUCUAGCUAAUACAACCGAUUUUAUUAGAACUAGGGGGAGAGCCCAGCGUCUUUGCAACAGAGAAAAAGCUUUUAGAGUAAAAAGCCCCAACAUCUGCCUCCAUCCUGAGAAUCACAGACCAAACUGUCAGUGUAUGAAAAAGUCAGGGACAGUGUGUAUAGGAAGCAUCCCACCCCACCAUGAAAAGAUGGGUAAGAAAAGGAGAUUUAAAAGCCAACAUUCAGAGAAGGAAAAUAAUGAAACAAUGCCUAACUCAUUCCCUACUCCAGUUCAGAUGCGCCAAAUCCAGCAGUCUCCAUCCUACCAGAGACAAGACCUCUCUAAACAAUUUGUCAGCCUUACAGCUCAAGCUUCCAGAGAUAUCAUGAAUCAUAUUAGGAAGAGACAAGAAAAAUACGACCAGAAAGUUGAAGGCAGAGACUAUUUUGGUAGCAAAAUAUUUGGUAGCAAACAGUUCUUAGAAAAAGAACAUAUGAAUGAAGAGACUAAGAAUGAUUGAAAGGGCCUAACACAUCAUUUUGUCAUUGGAAUUAAGCCCAUUUUAUAAAAAUACAUCAAUAAAAAAUAAAAACGUGUGUCUUGU